GUUCCACAGACCAUUUGUUGAAUGCUUCUGUUAUGUGUUGAAUGCUUGAUUAGUUCUUCUGUCAUCUGUUACUGAGCGGAAAGCUUGAAACUAAUAAGUUUGAGAUUACGGUUCAGCAUUCAUACCACUUUUUGAAGUGAUAUCUUUCAACGUCAGUGCAGAAAUUUGGUGUUACACUUUCUCAGAACUCACGAACGUUGUCUGCCAUGGCCAYCAUAGCUACUUCCGUUCUUUCUCUKUCUUCCCUACAUACAACGCUUCAAGCUCAUAGACCCACCCUUCUUCCAUGCCCUAAUUUCACUCCAUCCCACUUAACCCUCAAAUUCCCCAGAUUGGGGAUUUCUCAUACAAAAAGAAAGGCAUCAAAACAGAUGUUCCCUGUUGUGAUUUCUUGCUUGGUUGAAGAUAAUUCGGAAGCGUAUCAAGAACCAGAAGGAUCCUCUGGUUCUAAUGAACCAACUCCUGGGGCAACUAUUGACCUCAAACUCCCAAGGAGAAGCUUGUUAGUGCAUUUUACCUGCAAUGCUUGUGGUGAAAGAUCACAAAAGCUCAUAAACAGAUUAGCUUAUGAAAAAGGGACGGUUUUUGUACAGUGUACAGGAUGUUCGAAGUAUCACAAACUUGUUGACAAUCUGAGUCUUGUGGUUGAGUACGACUUCCGGGAAGAAACCGAUAUGAGCUCCGAUACAGAUCAAGUUUGAUGCACCACUCUCUUUAUUUUGUAAAUUUUGUCGAAUUGUGCCAGUUUAGAUACAUUUUCAAGAAAUCUUGAAUCAUAUAGCUUUCGGAAAAUGUACACAACUGGGUCAAUUGAACAAAAACGUAUGAGAUUUGAAAACUCGAGUUGUUUCUCCUAUCUUUUUACUCUGCCACCACAUCCUCUGCUGCUCUGCCACCAGCCACCACCGCCGUGAUCUCAAUUACAUUUUUAGUUUUUGAUUCAGAUUUUAAGGUUUUCUAGAGAAUCUCAUUUUGAUUUUAGAGCAUGCUUUUUGUAUUUUGAAUGUCUAGUGAAUGUACAUGGAGUUGUAUAUCUUUAUAAAUCAUAGUGAAUUUACAUGGAUUUGUUGUAUAUG